AUGAACGACAAAAAAAUCUCAACUCAGCCGGAUUUGGAGACGCAGGAAAUUUCGCCGACUUCCGAAAAAGCCCCAGAUGGAGGAUAUGGCUGGAUCGUCACAACUUCAGUGGCUAUCGUCAACGGCCAUUCAUGGGGUAUCAACGCAGCAUAUUCUGUCUUUCUCGCCCAUUUCGUCGAAGAGAAUACAUUCCCUGGUACAACACCACUUAUGUACGCCAUCGCUGGAUCGCUUAGCGUAGGUGUCAUGAUGCUCAUCUCGCCAUUCACAACUAUCAUGGCUAGAGAACUUGGUACAAGACCGACGAUGCUUAUCGGGGCUAUAGUACAGUCUGUUAGCCUUUGGUUUACAAGACGACGGGCUUUAGCUAAUGGUAUUGCCAUCGCUGGGGCUGGUCUCGGAGGAUUGACGUACUCACUCGCUACCGGGGCUAUUAUUCGCAACAUGGGCUUGGAAUGGGCAUAUCGGGUUCUUGCAAUCGUAUCGGCGGUGGCGAACAUCACCUGUACACUGCUUAUACGAACUCGGUAUAACUCACAAGCAACGAGACUUGCUUUUGACAUGACUCUUUUGCACAGGCCGGAGUAUCUUCUUGUAUUAAGUUACGGCGCCUUCAGUAUGCUAGGCUAUUUCGUCCUCAUCUUCACACUCGCCAAUUACGCAAAUGUUAUUGGACUCUCGUCGUCACAAGCGUCGAUGAUUCCAGCAUUCUUCAUGUUCGGCCAGGCCAUCGGUCGUCCUUGCAUCGGAUGGCUAAGCGAUCGAUUCGGCAGAAUCAACCUCACCUUCAUCAUGUCUCUCAUCACCGGAAUUUUGACCUUUGCGAUAUGGAUCAACGCAAAGUCAUUUGGUGUCCUGCUCACCUUUGCACUUGUCGGGGGUUUAUCAGCUGGUGUCUUCUGGGUUAACAUAUCACCUGUCCUCGUCGAGGUCAUGGGUCUGGAGAAUCUACCCUCGGCGUUGAGUUGCCUUUGGGUUGCUAUGGCUGCUCCGUCGACGUUCAGUGCGCCUAUUGCUUUGGAGAUUUAUACAGGAACAGGGAGUUACUUGGGCGCGCAGCUGUUUACUGGAUUUAUGUACAUUGCUGCAUCCUUUUGCGUACUUGGAGUAAGACGGUGGAAGAUCGACAGCUUGAGAGGUGCGAAAGAAAGGUCCCCAGCAUCAGGAGAAGAUGGGCAAGAUCUGAAACCGAUGAGUUGGGAUUUGAAGUGUCUCAAACUCGAUAUAGUAUAG